AUGCCAGCAUCAAGUACUACAACAUCUUCUUCGCCCAUGGUCACUAGACCUGUGAAGUCGCCAUUGUCGGUUCAGCGACCUACACUGAAUAAACGCAAGCUCAGUGAUGUCUCAAUUGCUUCUCCAACGUCACUUGACGAAGUGACUUCUACUAGCAGCGCUGACGAGAGAGUAAUUUCGCCGAAGAAGAAGGCGAAAUCCGAAGACCGCUCCAGUGUUGACUUAAAUAAAUGGGAGAGGAAUGUUGGAACAAGUAUCACAUGCGCGCUCGGCAUGGACGACAACGACCAUCCUUGCAGAGUCUUUGAACUAGAGCCGAUCGCCCUCUCAGCGGCACCAGUGGAUGAUUUUGCUGCAGAAGAGCUCCAAAUUUUACGCUAUUUUUUGUUAUGA